GCGUGGAUUUCCCGUGAGCUUCUUCUCCAAAUUCCCGCCGGCAACUUCCCCAACUGUAGCUCCGGUUUUAGCUGGAGAAUUCUGCCUACUGGACUCCAACUGCAGCCUCACCUCUCAGCCAAAAGGCGUGUUAUUGCCCUCAAUGAGAAGCUGAGUUCGAGCUUGAUGGCAGCAGCAGAGCAUCCCAGCUCGGCAACAGCACAACAACCCAGCUCAGCAGCAAAGCUCAAAAUAACGCUCCAGCUCGGCAGAAGCGAGGCAGUUCAGCUCAGCAGCAGUAGAGCAACCCAGCUCGGCAGCGGUAAAGUUCAAAGCAAUGCUCCAGCUCGGCAGCAGCAGAGCAGCCCAGCUUGCUCAAAGCAGUGCACCAGCGUGGCAGCGGCGAAGCUCAGCAGUACUCCAACUCAGCAGAAGCAAGACAGUCCAGCUCGGCAGCAGCCAAGUAACCCAGCUCGACAGCAGCAAAGCAGUCUCUCAGCUCGGUGGCACAUACCAAACAAAUUUGUAAAGAAGCUCGUUGAGGAAGACACGGGCAAUCAACAAAAUAUGAUAAUGAAUCCAAGAGCAAAAUCCCUCCAAUCAGCUGCUAGGGAACAAAGGCCUAUGGUUCCAAUGACAGAAAAUGCUGAUGGUAGUGUUGGAGAUGGAAGCUCUGGAGGUACUGGACACCACCCUUCAAGAUGACAGUUAAACCACUACCGGGAACACACAUGCUGCUCUGAGAAGCCAGUAGUCGCAUCUCAUGCUCAGUUGAGAGCAGAGGCAUUCAAUCGCCCACGUAGCAUCACCGAACCAUUUGGAGGCUUGAAAGAUUUGCCAAUAAAGCUGUGAAUAAUGA